UCGCUCUCCUCAUUCCAACUGCCACAACGGUACAAAACUCCCGCAGCUUCUCACACGUAUACGACGUCGUAAUCUCCCUCUUCUUCUAAAAAGCCGUGUCUAAUCUGUCAUUUAUAUGUCCCGGUCCAACCUCCCACCCUUCUCUCCUCACUUGAAAAAAACCCUUCGUCGACCCCAGAAACGGCGAUGGACCGGAAGAUCAACCUCAUCGACAUUCUCAAAGACAAGGCCUCCAUUCUCCGCGCCACCCUCUCCAUCAACCGCCACGUGUCGUCCAUCCACGUCGCCAUCCUCCGCGCCACCUCGCACGACCCAUCGUCUCCGCCGUCCGAUGAAAAGAUCGCCGACAUCCUCGACCUGGGCCGGUCGUCGCGUCUCGCUGCGUGCACCUGCAUUGACAUCCUCAUGGACCGCCUGCACGUCACCCAGAACGCGUUCGUCGCGCUGAAAUGCCUCUACACCGUACAUAACAUAGUAUCCAGAGGUUCGUUCAUUUUCAGAGACCAGAUUUCUUACCACCCGAGUUUCGGAGGGCGUAACUUCCUCAACAUGACCAUGUUCAGCGACAAAUCGGAUUUGGAUACGUGGGAGUUUUCGUUGUGGGUGAGGUGGUACGCCGCCGUGGUGGAACAGAAUCUGAUGGUGGCGAGGGCAAUCGGUUACUACCUAAACACAGAAAAUCAUAAUAAGGUUGUGGUGGCUCUGUUGAAUUCCGAUUUGGUGGCCGAUAUCGAAGUGCUAGUGGGAUUUGUGGCGAGGAUUAGCGACGCGCCGGAGUCAUUGAGCCUGCAGCGGAACGAUUUGGUCUACGAGAUCGUCAAGGCGGCGAGUGAGGACUACAGGGCGGUGCAGCGCGAAAUUUCGGUUCGGGUUAAAGAAGUCGAGGACAGAGUGGAGAGGCUGAGUCUGUCCGAGUUGACUCGGGUGGUGGAGGCGCUGAGGAGGCUGGAGGAUUGUAAGGAGAGGCUGGUGUUGCUGUUCGUGAACCGGAAAAGGAACGACGGGCUGUGGGAGUCGGUGAGGAAAACGAGGGCGGAGCUGGCGGAGACGAAGGCGCAGAGAGAGGAGAGGAGGCUGGUGGUGGUGAGGACGGUUAGUAGGAACAGAGGGAGGGACGAGUUGAGCGAGUCGACUCAGUGCUGGAACCCGUUUCUUGAACCAGGGCAGUUGCUUCUGUUACCAUCUGGCGGUGGAGGAGGAGGAGGGUGGCUGGGAAUGGGCCCCAGCCCGAUAGCCGUUUGAAAAGUGUGACGUCACUCUUUGUCGGGGUCGACGGUAUAGAUUUGUUUCUGGUUUGGGAAAUUAGGGGUUUUUGUAGCCGCGUGCUCCCUAAUAAAAGUAUGAACAAAAAAUAGAAGAAAAAUUAUAAGCGUGAAGGAUAUGAUCAGUAAAUAUGGUACGUUAAUUUUUUGACAUCUAAAAUUGUUCGCAAGUACAAUUAUUGAAUGCACCCAGGUGUUUUUGCAUAUUUUUGUUACCAGUUAUUUGAGCUUAUGGUAAAUAACAAGGGCGACAUGGUUUGUAUUCUUCUUACUCAUAGACGUUGUGCAUAGUAGAAUUAAUUGAGAUGAGUUUCUGUUUA